AGCUCCGGCUCAGUGUUCAGACUUGCAAGUUAUUUAGAGUCUACGUUUUAUGCUUAUAGGUUUUUUUUUUCUCAUUUUGUUUUUUGCCUGAUUUGAUUUCCUUUUUAACUUGCGUAUGACCACGCGAGGGACAGACAACCACCAAGUUGUGCCAGUUCGUUUUCACCGGUGUAUUAACCCAUGAGACACCAUGUCUGUGAACAGCAGGAAGAAUUCGGGGAGACCCUCUUAUUACUACAGGUUACUCGGAAGGUCGCAGCUUCAGAGACAGCGGAGUAGGUCCAGAAGUCGCAACAGACCUCCAAGAAGGGAAUCUCCACCUGAAAAGCCAGGUCGGAGGCGCAGCAUGCCUGGAAGCUCUUCCGACAAGAGUCCCACCAUGGAACCAACAGCGACCACCCCGUUUCGAGUCACGGGGUUCCUCAGCCGUCGGCUCAAAGGCUCCAUCAAACGGACAAAGAGCCAACCAAAGCUUGACAGAAACAGCAGUUUUCGGCACAUCAUACCUGGCUUCAGGAGUGUGGACAAUGACCGGGAUGACCAUCUCGAUUGCAAUGGAAGAGGAGAACUGACGCCAGAGGGCGGAUCGGGGCCAUAUAAUCGGUCCCAUCUAAUGCCCAGAUUGAAAGAAUCACGGUCUCACGAAUCUUUGCUAAGCCCCAGCAGCGCAGUCGAAGCCCUUGAUCUCAGUAUGGAGGAGGAGGUGGUGAUCAAACCCGUUCACAGCAGCAUCCUUGGCCAAGAUUAUUGUUUCGAGGUAACCGCUUCUUCCGGCAGUAAAUGUUUUUCAUGCCGUUCUUCAGCCGAGCGAGAUAAAUGGAUGGAGAACUUAAGGCGCGCUGUUCACCCAAAUAAGGACAACAGCAGGCGAGUGGAGAACUUACUCAAGCUAUGGAUUAUUGAAGCAAAAGACCUCCCAGCUAAGAAGAAAUACCUGUGUGAAUUAUGUUUGGAUGAUGUACUUUAUGCACGAACUACCUGCAAACUGAAAACUGACAAUGUAUUUUGGGGGGAGCACUUUGAGUUUAACAACCUCCCAACACUAAAGAGCAUCACUGUCCACCUAUACAAAGAAACGGACAAAAAGAAGAAAAAAGAUAAAAACAAUUAUGUGGGACUGGUGAAUAUCCCCAUUGGAGCAGUGACAGGGAGGCAGUUUGUAGAGAAAUGGUACCCCAUCGUCUCUCCGAACCCCAGCAAAGGCAAAUCUUCUGGCCCCAUGAUCCGCAUUAAAACACGCUAUCAGAGUAUUAGCAUCCUUCCCAUGGAGAUGUACAAAGAAUUUGCAGAGUAUAUCACUAAUAACUACAUGGUGCUGUGUUCAACGCUUGAAGGGGUUCUUAGCGUCAAGAAUAAAGAAGAGAUGGCGUCUGCGCUGGUGCACAUUUUGCAAAGCACUGGGAAAGCAAAGGACUUCCUCACAGAUUUAAUGAUGUCUGAAGUAGACCGAUGUGGUGAUAAUGAACACCUUAUAUUUCGAGAGAACACACUGGCUACUAAGGCAAUUGAGGAAUAUCUGAAACUUGUAGGACAGAAGUAUCUACAGGAUGCUUUAGGUGAGUUUAUAAAGGCCUUAUACGAGUCGGAUGAAAAUUGUGAAGUUGAUCCUAACAAGUGCUCGACCUCGGAUCUUCCUGAACACCAGAGCAACCUGAAAAUGUGCUGUGAAUUGGCUUUUUGUAAAAUCAUCAAUUCUUACUGCGUGUUCCCAAGGGAGCUAAAGGAGGUGUUUGCUUCUUGGAGACAAGAGUGCAACAGCCGAGGGCGCCCAGACAUCAGUGAAAGACUCAUCAGCGCUUCCUUGUUCCUGCGCUUCCUCUGCCCGGCCAUCAUGUCCCCGUCAUUAUUCAACCUUCUCCAGGAAUAUCCAGAUGACCGGACAGCUCGAACUUUGACGCUGAUUGCCAAAGUCACCCAGAAUCUAGCCAACUUUGCAAAGUUCGGCAGUAAGGAAGAGUACAUGUCAUUCAUGAAUCAGUUCUUGGAACACGAAUGGACCAAUAUGCAACGAUUUCUGCUGGAGAUCUCUAAUCCAGAAACAAUUUCAAACACUGCUGGUUUUGAAGGCUACAUUGAUCUGGGCCGGGAACUUUCAACACUGCACUCUCUCCUCUGGGAAGUCCUCUCUCAGCUGGAUCAGGGCACAGUAGCAAAACUUGGACCUCUUCCUCGUAUCUUAAGAGAUGUAAACAGUGCACUAAGCAAUCCGUCUAGUGUACAAGGUUCGGUCACAAGUGAUCACUCCGCGACAACACCAAAUUCCAGCAACAGCAUAUCUGUUGGGCUGCAGAGGAUGGUGAUAGAAAACGAUUUAUCUGGUCUAAUAGAUUUCACAAGGUUACCAUCUCCAACACCUGAAAACAAGGACUUAUUUUUUGUCACAAGGUCUGCUGGGGUUCAGCCGUCACCCGCACGAAGUUCCAGUUACUCGGAAGCCAACGAGCCAGAUGUGCAAAUUACCAAUGGGAGUAAGAGUUUGUCCAUGGUUGACCUCCAAGAUAAUAGGGUUUUGGACAUUGGCACCAACACCUCAGGCAUUGGGGAUUCAUUAAAUGACAGCCAAACAUCUUUUAGUCAACUUCAAGCCAUAUGGACUGCACGAACACCGCAGGGCAAUAUUAUGACAAUGACAACAGCUAGAAGAACAGGACAAACUCCAACCACUCCAAAUGCAGACACUACACCAGGUAGACCACAGCUUUUGGCACCUUUAUCAUUCCAAAACCCUGUGUACCAAAUGGCAGCAGGAUUGCCAGUUUCACCACGGGGUUUAGGAGACUCUGGGUCAGAAUGUCACAGCUCCCUGAGUUCCCACAGUAACAGUGAGGACUUGGCUGGGGGCAAACACUGCUUUGUUAAUCCUGGGAGCAGUGAGGAUUACAGUAGGCGUUCUGGGGAUGUUUCUCGGAGGCAGCUUUCUUUGACUGAUAAAACUGGACAGCCUACCAUGCCACGUCAAAACAGUUCAGGCCCCCAAAGGCGAAUAGAUCAACCACCACCUCCACCUCCUCCGCCCAUGACAAGGGGAAGGACACCACCAACGUUACUCAACACAUCACAGUAUCCAAGGCCGUCUAGUGGCAGCAUGAUGUCCUCUUCUCCGGACUGGCCUGGCAGCGGCGCCAGGAUGAGGCAACAGUCUUCAUCUUCGAAGGGUGAUAGCCCAGAAAUGAAACAAAGAACAGUACAUAAACAGGCCCCCUCUCCUGUGAACCCCAAUGCCCUGGACCGAACAGCAGCUUGGUUGUUGAAUAUGAAUACACAGCUUUUAGAAGAUGAUUGCAUUGAGACAGAUUUCAAGCACAGGGAUAAACUAAGGAUUAAGGAAGAGCUCACCCAUGCAGAAAAGUACCAGCAGGAGAUUAUGGUUCUGCAGGACAAGUUGCGGCUUUCAAACAAGAAGCUGGAGGAUUAUGAGAACCGCUGCAAGAAUCAGGAUGAGCAAACCCAAAAGCUACUGUUGGAAUACCAAGCUCGACUGGAGGAAAGCGAGGACCGGCUUCGGAGGCAGCAGGAAGAUAAGGAGAUGCAGAUGAAAGGAAUUAUAAGCAGAUUAAUGUCAGUGGAAGAAGAGCUAAAGAAAGACCACGCUGACAUGCAGGCAGCAGUGGACUCGAAGCAGAAGAUAAUCGAUGCACAGGAGAAGCGUAUCGCCUCUCUGGAUGCCGCCAAUGCCAGACUUAUGAGUGCCCUCACACAACUUAAAGAGAGUAUUCCUUAGAAAAACAAAAACAGCCAAUACUCGGGAGUACUAUCCACUUAAUAUAUGGGAUACGCACUGCUUGGAAAAUUAAAGGCAUGGAAGACUUAAAAAGUAUAUAUAUUUGGUCAUUAAAGUGGCAAGGAGAACCAAGAAAUACCAGCAUCUAUCCCAGUUUUCAGAAACAUGGGCAGGGCCCAAUACAGGGUGAUAUAUUGAUAUAUUUUAAGUCGGAUUCUUGUUGAUUCAAACCACUGAGAUGAGUCUCUUUGACAAAAAGCACUAGAUAUUGUUCUCUUUCAGAAAAAUCUCUCUCCUCUGUGCUAGCCAAUGCUAGUCUUUGGCACUCUACUUUUCAUCAACCCUGGUCUGUAACCCUUUUGCUCCCAAUCUGGAUCUCACCUCCCCAUCCCCUGAUUGACGUCUGUGAGAAUUUGGACCAAUUUUUGUGACUUUUCAACUGGUCGGCCAUCUUACUUGCGAUUGGCUCCCAAUGGAUGUAAUAGUCUAUUUAUUUGCAAUGAACUUUAAAGGGCAUGACGGACCAUUGACACGACUGGCAUUUUUUGGCAGAUGCAAAUGCGUCAGCGCUAUCAACUUCCAAGGACCCAAAUCGGUGAGAUUUGGGAAUUCAAGACUAAAAACAAACAUUUAUGGAAAUGUGCUGCUACAAUGUAUUUGAGAACAAUGAUAGUUAAAUAUAUCUAUAAAUUAUAAUCAAAUAAGGGAUGCCUACUAUAAAUCAAGUCUGCUACCUCCACUCAUGGAAGAGACUCAAAACUGUAGGCAGAUUUAGUACCGGGUAAGGAAAUGACACGAGAUCUUUUUAUCCCUACCUUGACAACUGCCGCAGGAUAAGAGAGAUGAUGUAUAAAAGGAUUAGCUUAUCUUACAGUACGUACUGGCUUUGUGGAUUUGGACAGCAUUCAAAAAUCUUAUUCAAAACUAGUCGUAUGUUUACAUAGUAGCAUAUGUUCACAUUGUAUAUUAUAUAUACACCGAACACUACACAAACCGACACGUAUGUACACACGACAAGCGUAUGUGUACCAUCCCAUUAAAGGGAAUGUAUCAUGAAAAAACAAAAAUCGUGGUUUGUGUUUUGUACCAUUAGAUGUAUGGUAACGUUAUGAAGUCCAGUGACAAAUUAUAUCGGAGUCGGGUUUAUUCUUUUAAGUAUAACAUACAGCGCAAAUUGAGCAUAGGGCCAGAGUUUUGCCUCCAACUCUAAAGAAUCACGUAUAUGUUUUGCAGGAGAGGUGAGAAUUCUAAUCUCCACCAUUGUUAUUUUUGUGCUGAUGCACACAGACAGACACACUCAGCUACUCCAUAUUGCAUUUAAAAUGUAAGUUAUUCUGCAAUGUAUGAUUGUAGUGCUAGUAAAAUAUCGUGAUUACUGGGACAGGGAAUAAUCAAACGUACACCUAUAAGUCUUCAGAGACCAUAGAGAUAUGUGGUUCACAGCAAUUUAGAAGCAAUAUAACCCAGUAGCGAUUGGAUUUUCGCACAUAACUCUGUUGCUUGUAAGGCGUUUAAAGAAUAGUCUGCCAUUUAUAUUAAUUUUUUGUUAUGGUUUUGAAGACAGAUGUAACUGCAGGACUCAAAUAAGUGUCCCCAAAAAACACUGUCAUAUACAGGUUACGUAUUUUGCUUUAAUACAAGAAUUGCUGCACAUACGGACAUUUGGUUUGUAUAUAUU